ACUCAGACCAGAACACCUGUCCUAUGCUGAGUUACUUUUUUACACGCUCUUUCCUUUAAGUGUAGCCGUUCGGCGGCGUCACGAUAAUACGUUAAGAGGUUACCCUUUCUCCAUGCGUGACACACUGUCUUAGGGUAUACGUACGAUAGGGAGCAAAAAUGUCUUACUUGGGGGAAGCAAGCCCGCUGGAAACGUACAAUAGCUUAUGUGAUCGCCACUUGGUCAACUAUUUUCGUUCCGCUCGCAUGCGAAAGCAUCUGAUAAAGACCGGUCUGAUAACCAAAGACGGAGUAAUCAGACCUGAGGCAGAAUACCAAAAACUGUGCAAUCGUGAAAAUCAGAAACGGGCCCUUUUGGAACUCAUUUCCCACGCAAUUGUGGAGCGUUCAUUGGAGGUAGAGCGUAUACGACAGGGGAAAAUUCGGCGAACUUUAGAAGAGAUAUGCAAGCUGCACCGUGUCCGGCGAAUGCGAGAGGAGAGACGGAAGCGGACGGAGGAACCUAUUUUGAUGCAGUUGGUUCCAUGUGGCUACAGAAUGCAUGAAAAAUUGGAUCCGUUGCCAUCUUGUCCUUCCCGCUCAUCGAGUCUACUGAAAGACGAUACUAUCUACGUUCCGGUAUCGGACAUUGACGAUCCCGACUUGGCUGUGAUGGACAGACAAAGUCAAAUGGAAGUGGAGAGGCUCCGUCGAAUUUAUCGCAAACAGCAAAUCAAACAACACAAGGAAGGCCAACCGCCUUAUUUAUAUCUCUACGACCCGAAGGUGUCCAAGGGAGGUCUAAGAAAAGCAAACGUCACACGAACCAGGGGCUCCAAGUCUGAUCGCACUGUUGGACGGGCUUUGUCCAGAUCUCGUGGGGACGCUCACGUCGAUACAGGCGCUUCAGAGCCAGAGUUACACUUCUCUUUGCAGAACACGCCGAAACCGGUGGACGUUGCGCCAGUACGAUCCAGAUACAAAUAUCAAGAAGCACGUGGCGAUCGAUUGAACGCCGAGGAACAGUUUAUAACUUCCGACGACUGGAAGAGUGUGAGUGAGUGUCAGAGUGGCAACCAUUCGUCCCAGUCCGAUUCUGCACAUAUCCUCAGCAGUUCCCUCGACUCGGCUGAGUCGCUUAACUCGAAAAGACAGCAUACACAACCGACCGCAGUGGCUAACCAUUUGUUGACGCACCUGCGACGAUGCUGUCUGAGUCACGUCCGAAGUAGUAUGCCAAAACCGCCGUUGUUCAUUGCACCCUCGAGAUCCGGCUCCGCAACCUCACAGAUACCAGCGUUAGUGUUCUCUGUCAAGCGGUCUCCACGUGCUAUCGUUCCAUCUAGACCUGAGGACCCCGAGCGGUUGUCUGAGCAACGUGGCAAUGUUGGGCGUCACAUUGCCACCCCACCAACAGACCCCUCCAAACAUCCUUUCCAAGAGGUUGAGACCGCAGUCCGCGGGAUAGCUAAGAAGAAAUCCCCAACCGAGUUUUGCAUUCCAUCCAUUAAAUUUCACUCGGAUGACGAAUCUGUUGAACCGGGCAACUUCUCCACCUUACCGCCCAUCAUGGAUCGGAAUGACGUGGCUAAGUCCCCUUGCGUGGUAAAAUUCAAAUACUUGGGCCUGUCACGUCACGAGGACCCACACUGGAUGAGCAAAGAUCACGCUGAAAGCUCAUCGCAUCGCACCAUCUCACAACGAUCCAUUGGUGAAGACCGUUCAUCCGAACGUUUGAUUACUGUUACACAGCAACCAAGUGGAGCAGGUUCCAUCACGGUGUUUCGCGGAUUUCUCCGACCAGGAGAUAUCUUCGAGUUCACUUCCCGGCGUGCGUACGGCCACCCGUUCUCUCUUUCUCUUUGCAUUGAUGGUGCCCAAGACGCCCGCAUAAGUGUUUGUUGUGAAUAUCGACACAAGCGUGGCGCUCGUAUCGGUGGCAAGAAUGGUCACUUCGUCUAUCUUCACGUUGAGGGCUCGAUCCCCUGUUACAAAUGUUUGGUUGCACAGCGAAUGCGUGCUAUGAAUUCGAUAAACCGAAGUCUUCAAGACGGGGAUGCCGACGCAGUUGACACUACGAAUAGAAAAUCUGUCACAACUCGCGAUUCGCCUCAGACUGGUGUUUGGACAGUCUCGGAACAGUCAUGCGGUGGCUCAGCACCCAGCGUUACCUUUUCCCGCGCUUGUUUUGGCACCAAUAUUAGCCGUCGACUGACCAAAACCACUCAUUGGGAGUGCUUUGAUUCCUCCUUGACGGAGCUGCAUUGCGAACUAGCCAAGGUGGAUGCAGAUGCGCCAAACCAUGGUUUGCGUUACGGCUUAGAACAAGUCGAGGAUGCGGAUGAGAGCCAUCAGCUUUCCGUUACGAACGACUCGUCUGCUGAGGGAGGCCAGAGUUACAGCGGGGCUAUACAAUCCCCAGAGGUGGAGCACUCGAAGUCCGAUAUCAUGGAUCAGGAUGAGGAUGUACAAGAGGUAUACGAAGAUAACGGGCAUGUUGGUGGCUUGGAGGACGAUUACGGGGAAGUGGAAGCAGGGGUGGAGGACGAGAAUGAAGUAGUUGGAUUCCAACAGCCUUCCGUUUUCGAAGAUGAGAGUGCGUCAACGGAAAUGGAAUCUGACUGCAGUCACAUGGCCUCAAUACAAGAACGUCCCAGGACGAACCGAGUUGUGAUCGAAUCCAGCUUAGAUUGCAGGGAUGUGGUCGUGGAAAAGGUGGAUGCGUUCUACCAACACCGGAUGUCCACCGCCUACCCCAUUGGUUUGGAGGAACACGAGGAAGAAAGCAGUGUGGACGAACCGAACUUAGAUCAUUCUAUUCAACUGGGUCGAUUGAGCAGACGGAGGUAUGCUGGUGAUGCAGUGGAAAGUUUGUUGGGAUGUGACGUUUAUCUAACCGAUGUGGCUGAAGAAACUCCUCUACAGCAAUGUAGUUCGGAUGGGUUUUUCGGCUGCGGUAUCUCGAAUGCCUCGGGGGACAAAUCGCAGCCCGACACAUUCAAGUGCGCUAGCUCUUCCAUCGUUCAUUCAUCGCCACCAAAUGUGCGCACUCGUAUUCCUUCCGUGAUUCUGGAAACAGAGGACGAGUGCGCUCAUUCCUGUACUUGGAAAUCACCUAUUGAUUGGCCACCUACUCAUGGACGCAUACACUUUAACGAGGCUGAGCUUAAUUUGAGUGCUGCCACCACCCCGAUUGCGCUGGAACUUGUGACAGAUGAUGUCGCACAUGCAUCAAGCUAUUUGAGCACUUUGCCAGCAUCCUCGUCCAAUUGGUCGCGUACGACUACCACCCAGUCGGUCACAUUUGUGUCUUCUUUCAAUCACUCGAGAACUCCCGUCAAACAGUUAGGCGAAAUGGAUGCCGAUCUGAAACCAAAUGGAUCCCACAUGCGACUUGUAGAUCAUGCAACACCCACAGCGACCCCAGAAAUAAACCAAUUAUUCUCACCUCACUCUUCACCUCGGUUCACUCGAGACCAAAUUAGUGUUCAUGGGCUAGCCAUGAGACUAGAGUGUCGUUCAGCCGAUUCUGUCCGAGGCCUCAGUCGCAAUCGUCGAGUUCACUUCGGGGAAAAUCAGGCCAACGUAAAUUUCCACAGUGAAUACACCAUCGGUCUGGUCCGUAGGCCAGCUUUUGCCUCCUUUGAAUCCUGUCUGAUGGACAAACCUUCCGAGACGCGAAAUGUGCUAGUGGAUAGAUCCGUCCGGAAUGGAAGCUCGACGCAUAUGCGUUUUACUCCUCCCGCAUCGUCUUCCGUGGACAUUUACGAGACCGCUUCUGAAGCCACCUUGGCUUCACCUACCUCCCAGGUGGCGUGUAACAAUGAACUGCUUCGACCUAACUCUGGGCCCUAUUUCGGCUCGACGGAUUUAUGGAGUCCAUAGUAGCCAGUUUCCAUCUUUUACACCAUCGUCAUCGCAUUGUAUAGCUGCCAGUAGCUUCUCUUUUAAGGUAAAAUGUUUCGUUUUGGACUCGUUCGUUCACUCGAUCUAACACCUCUGUCAGGCAGUAAUAAUUUUUAUUUUCUCUUACAUCUCAGAUCAUUUGAGUGAACUCGAAACUUCUCACCAAUUGAAAUUGGUGGUCGACAUACCUCAGGUAAUUGUUAUUUUUCGGUGAUGUUCACCGGUGUCCAUUAACUUUAUUUUUUGACCUACUCGCGGUGCCUAAUCGUAGAAUGCAUGUCUCGAUUUCCUGCGUUCUUGCACGGCGGUGCAGUUUCUCCUUGCGGAAAUGUUACUGUAAGCGUUCUUUUCCUCUGCAGAUCAGUUUCAAAUGUGUUCCGCAGUUGUUCGUUUUAUUAUUCUCAUCCUUCCGUUCUGCAACGCCUUUAUAGCCUUUCGUUGUGGGUUUAUGUUCCCAUGUGUGCAUCUUGCUUCAGCAUUUUAACCGUUCCUUUACAUAAUGGUAUCACCCCAAAGAACAAUACAUACCAACAUAGUUUUGCCUUCUG